GGGUGUUUGGCUGAGCUUAUAAGCUCCUUAAAACAGCUUAUAAGUUGUUUAGGAGCUUAUAAGCUCUUGGAAAGUGUUUGGCAAAUUAAGCUCUCUAAGAGCUUAUAAGAUGUAAAAAUAAGCUCUAAGAGCUUAUAAGCUCUAAAAAAUAAAAGUUCCCCCACCCCAACUUAUUUUUUGAGAGAGCUUAUAAGCUGCAUUAAAUUUACUAAAAUGACCUUGACAUAUUUUUGUAUUUUCAAUUAUGCCCUUUCAAUUUUCAUUUCAGAUUUCUCUACCAUUUCUCAAAUUCGUUUCAUCUCUCCCCCCCCCUUUCUCACCUUCUCUCACUGGAAUUAGGGUUUAUCUACUUCAAUCUCGCAGCAGAGAGUAUCGCGUGUCGCGCCAGUUUGGAGAUAUUUCUUACCAAUUCGACAGCCAUCGUUUGAUCGGUACUUGUCGCCGGCGAUCUCCUGGUUACACUAUGGAAAAACCAUGGGAUAUUUCGAAUUGUUCUUCUAUACUUCCAACUAUCUCACUUGAUGAAAAGGUUGAUGAGGAUGAACAUGAAGUUCAAGACUCGGAUCGGUUGGUCUUAUGUCAACUAACUGCCAAGAGCAUCUUUGCAUAUUAUGAAAACUACAUACAUAAGACUCCAUGCCGAACAUCCAUUCGAACAGGUCAUAAAUUCAUAGAGGAGAUCCUGAAUGGAAGUGAAAUAAGAUGUUAUCAAGCUUUUCGUUUAGGAAAAUCUGUGUUUUUGGACUUAUGCUACGAAUUGAACCACAAGUAUGAUUUGGAGCCCACCAGAGGAAUGUCUACUUAUGAAGAGGUGGGCAUUUUCUUAAUGACAUGUGCCCAUGGUGUUGAUAAUAGAUUGUUGCAAGAAAUAUUCAACCAUUCUGGUGAGACUAUCUCAAGACACUUCCACAGGACCCUAAAGGCUAUUGCUAAAUUAGCCAAUGAUAUUAUUGCACCGCAUCCUGAGUAUAACAAGGGAAAAGGGUAUCAUAAGCCUCAACACCAACGAUACAUGCCAUUCUUUAAAGAUUGUAUUGGAGCAAUUGAUGGUACACAUGUAAAGGCUCGAUUACCACAAGGACAAGCAAUACCAUACAUUGGACGAAAAGGGUACGCCACUCAAAACAUUCUUGCAGUGGUAGAUUUCAAUAUGUGUUUUACAUUCGCUUGGGCUGGAUGGGAAGGAGCUGCACAUGAUAAUAGGAUUUUUGGUGAAGCUAUUCGUAAUCCUGAACUUAAUUUUCCUAUUCCAAAAGGAGAAAAAUAUUACUUGGUUGAUGCUGGAUAUACACAUAUGCCGGGAUAUAUGGGUCCUUAUAGAGGUGAGAAUAUAAGAUAUCAUCUUGAUGAUUUUCGUCGGGCUAGGACAAAGCAAUUACAUCAACCGAGAAACUUAAAGGAAAGGUUCAAUUAUUACCACUCUUCGUGUAGAAAUUGUGUUGAACGAACUUUUGGAGUUUGGAAAUCAAGAUGGAAUAUUUUGGCUGACAUGCCUUAUUUUCACAUUGACACCCAAAGAGAAAUUGUGUUAGCAACUAUGGCUAUCCACAAUUACAUAAGAAAGAAGAAUAUUCCGGAUAAUGCAUUUCAGGUAGCAGAGGAUGAAAAUUAUGAGCCAAAUAAUGAUCGCGUUGUUGAAGCAUUUGUUGAGCCUUCGGUUGUAGAAGAUGCAGGUGGAUCUAAGAAUUCCAGUUGGAUAGCCAUGCGAGAUUCAAUUGCUAUGGAGAUUGCUAGUCAAAAUUGAAAAAAUUUAAAUUGUAAGAAGUUUCAAAUAUUAUUGCUUUAUUUUGAUGUUGGAUGAUAUCU